AUGCCUAAAAAGACAUCUUCAUCAGUUCAAAAGACACCAAAUGAACUAGUGUCUUCAGUUAAAUCUUCCAGCUUGAAUUUAACAGACAUUGAAUCUGACUCCAUUUCUAAAAUUGCUAAGAAGUACUUUUCAGAUAAUGUUGAGUGGGAUCCCGAAGUAGUCAAAACUAUCAUCAAAAAUGAGCUUGAGCCUGCCGAGUUUAGUUCCCAGAAACUUUCAGUUUUAGAGUUUUAUCACUACUUGGAAAAGUAUCUCUGGCCUCAUUAUAAUGAAGAAGCUUCUUUAGACCACGUUAUUUCUAUUUGUUUACUUGUUUAUGAGAAAGCACGUCAAAGCAUUCCUCUUUGGGACGCGUUUGCUGAUGACACUGAAAAGUUCUCUUUGUUUUUUAGGCGUAUUAUUCAUUUGAUAGUUGAUCCUGAAUUGCCACUAUUCUUUUCUAGACAAUUAUUAAUCUUUUUAAUUCAUUGUUUCCAAAGUUUCGAUAAUAAUUUUGUUCGUACAGAAUGUUUGAAAUUGGUUACUAUUGGCAUCUGGGCUCAUUUAGCUCACGAAGGAAAACGAGACCAACUCUUUUCUAAUUAUCCUAAUCUUCUUAAAUUAUGGAAUACAAAUAACAAAAAAUUAGCUGCUGCUAGUAAGUUUCGAAGAAAAAAAAAGUUUUAA